AAAGAACUGGAGGUAAUGGUUUAAACCCAUCAAUAGUUGUUUUUGGAGUAGAUCAAAACUAAUAGCGCGAAUCUAAGAGACAUGAACAAUGAAUGACCGAGUAAGCCCACAAGGUGGCAGUGGUGCACUAUUAAAGAUGUCAGACAAAAACGAAGAAGAAGAGAAAAAGAAACAUGUAGUGAUGUAAAUAUACAGCGCCGGAGCAGUUAGCAUUGUAGCUAGGUACGUUAGCUCACGUUUGGAAAGAAGAAUUUAGACAACUGUACAGCUCGUGUUAAUGAUGUUUCAUCCUGUUAGAUGGUCCAGCAGCCGUCCCGGUGCACAGUAGUUGUCUGGUUUAGUCUCAGCAGGCCGUCGUCAUGGCAGAGGAAACGGGUUUAUCAUCAAACCUUCUGGCAGAGGAGAUGGAACCUGUCAAUGGCGACUUUGUACCUCCAGAAGGUUUAUGCUGGGUGUCAGUGCUGUCCUGCCUGCUGCUAGCUUGUUCUUAUGUUGGAAGUUUGUACGUGUGGAGGAGUGACCUACCAAGGGAUCACCCCACUGUGAUAAAGAGACGUUUCACAAGUGUCCUGAUCGUGUCAGGUCUGUCCCCUCUCUUUGUGUGGGCAUGGAGAGAAUUCACAGGUGCCAGGGGUGGCCCAUCAUUACUGGCUCUCAUGGGGAUUCGGUUUGAGGGCCUCAUUCCUGCCAUCAUACUUCCUCUUCUGCUCACCAUGGUCCUGUUUCUGGGCCCUCUCAUGCAGCUGGCCAUGGACUGCCCCUGGAGCUUCAUGGAUGGGAUCAGGGUGGCCUUCGACCCGUGGUUCUGGACGUUGUGUUUUAGUGACAUGCGCUGGCUGAGGAAUCAGGUGGUGGCACCGUUAACAGAGGAGCUGGUGUUCAGGGCCUGCAUGCUGCCCAUGUUGGUGCCCUGUGCCGGCCCUUCUCUUGCCAUUUUUACCUGCCCUCUCUUUUUUGGAGUGGCUCACUUCCACCAUGUGAUCGAGCUGCUGCGGUUCAGACAGGGGACGCUGUCAGGAAUCUUCCUCUCUGCUGUGUUCCAGUUCUCCUACACAGCCGUGUUUGGGGCCUACACUGCCUUUAUCUUCAUCAGAACAGGCCACUUGAUGGGUCCAGUCCUCUGCCACUCCUUCUGUAACUACAUGGGUUUCCCCGCAAUCAGCGCAGCCCUGGAACACCCCCAUCGCCUCAUCAUUCUCUCCUCCUAUCUGCUUGGGGUCCUCCUUUUUUUCCUUUUUCUUUUGCCCUUCACUGAUCCCUUCUACUAUGUCCUCCCUACACCAAUCUGCACCCUCACCAGCUCUCUCUGCCUCUCCUGAGUCCCCUCCCACUUCUCUGCUUUUGUCAAGUCAGCUUCUGCUGAUAAAGCAGUUGAGGUUGUUGUAUUUAUUUUUAUUUUUGCCAGUUGGAGUUCAGACCAGGUCCAGUUUGGACCAACGACGCUAACAGCCAUGUGGGCUACGUUCCCGUGGAGAGGUGAGGAACUCUGUAGCCAGUUUUUAUGGUCUCUGAACCCAUAAUAUGUCAAGUACAUUUACAUGACAUAUUUCACUGAACCAGCUCUUAUACAAGCUCUUGAGUAGGUGUGGUUCAUGUUGCUGGGAGUGAACCCGAGACUCUCUGUUAUGUAAUUGUUGUGCUACGCUGCCACCCUGAUAUGUGAUUGUAGUGUAGAUGUACACAGCACUGAUGGACAGUUCCUCCUCAGAUCCUCUUGCACUGGUAGAUCUCAUCAAUUUGUGGUGAGGUGUCAUAAUGUACCCUUUUGGUGUACUCAUUUUCCACACAGUCUUACUCUUCAGGAUAAUUUGGGUUUAUUUGCUGUUAGUUUUAUUUUUGUAGUUCUGAGCCAUCAUUCAGCGAUUAUUUAUACCUUUUAAACAUUAAGUUGAUUUCCAACAUGUGAUAUUACAAAUAAUGUUCCAGACACAUUUGCUAACCACAUCCCACAUGCCAACUGUUGAAACGUGACUGCUUCUUCUGGCUGUAUGCCACAUCCAGUGUGAUUCCCAGACAAAGUGGGAUAAACUGUUGGUUUAUUCACAGCCUGCACGACUCUGGUUCUCUCCACUCAUAACCAGUGGUAAUGAUGGCCCAAACUAUGAAAAUAAGACCUGCGUGGUAGGGUUCGGCUUCCCGUCAGGUUUUCAUGAAGUAUUGUUUCAGGUCAGGUUAAGGGCAUUUUGUUGCAAAAGCUUUGGAGUUGGGUUCAGGUUUAUUUUCAAAUGUAGAUUUUUUUUUCUGCAUAAGCCUGGUAAGCUAAUGGCCAGUAAUGAAUAAAGGAAAGCAAAAUAGCUUCAGGUCUCAGGUUUGUUUUAGGCUUUAUAUUUAGCAGUAGCAGUCAAGCUCAGUUAGAUCUAAAAAGCGGGUACAGCCUGGGUUUGGCAGCAAUAUAAAGUAUAUUCUUUGGAGUCAUGUAAGUGACCAAGUUGCAACAAAAUAGAACAAGUGCUAAAACCAUAAAAGCAAAAGAACUUUUACAAAUAAUUUCUACACACCAGCUUUAAUGCCCCUGUAGAACUCUACCAGGUUGUAAUAAACCAGAGCUGUCCUUUGAAGAAGACAUGGAAAUCACAGCUGGAAGCUGUUGUACAGUUGUUUUGGUGAAAGCAGUGAGAGUCACAACCCUCAUAAACUGAGUCACAUGACCCAAAGUGGGGCUCACGGAGUUGUUAGGAUCUUUGUCUCUUCUGUGUGGGUUUUUGCCUGUAUGAUUGUUCAACAGCAAAUAACCCUGUUGUAGCUGCACCGGAGUGUCAGAAUGUUGCAGCGAUCCUUGGCAUGAUGAAACAGAAAAAUGACACCACUGGGCGACACUUUUUCAGGGAUGCAAUCGACAUUACCAGCAGUUCUUUUUAAUCUUAUUUGCUUGUUUUUUAACUGUGACAUUUCAGCUGGAUUUCUUCUUUAUCUAAAUUCAGACUUUAUGACUUUGCUGUUGUAGCAAAUCUUUCAGCUUUUAGUAUAAAAAGAGAGAGAUGGUUAGUUAUAUACCGCUGCAGGAUUCAGUGCUGGUAGUUUGUUCGGUGUUCGAGCUGCGUGGGUGUUCCUAAUGUCUGAAACAUGCUCUAAGUUUGCGAACACAAAUGACAGACAUUCUUAAGUGCCCGAUCACACAGGCAUUUCUAAAAAUGAGCUUGUGGAGGAAAGUCAGUAUGUGCAAAGCCUUCAUAUAGAGUUCACUUUCAUGAGUUCACACUCUUGACCAGCUGCAAAGCUGCUUGUUGGCACUUAUCGUUGAGCACAGCUAGUUUAGCAACUGGGCAAAGUGGGCAACUGCUCUGGGACCCUCAAAGCCUGUAUCAGUUGUUUGUAAGUGAUUAACUGCAAAUUUGGCUAGGUUAAUUUGUACCAUUUAGGGGGCUUUCACACCUCUUUGGUAUGUGGAUUGUUUGGGCUGGUGUGAAAGCUGCCAGUCAAACUGCUGCAGAAUAAACAACCAAACAGGGAAUGCUUCGAAAGGGUCUUUCCCAUGAUUAGUCCCACACUCAAAAGCUGUUAAAACUGAGGUGUAUUGUGUUUGUAUGCUCCGUGUAAUUAGGCAGUUUAUUAAAUCCAUUAAAAGUGUGUGACAAGAGGUUUCCAAGGUCUGGACCGAAUGAAACAAACAACAGCUCUGAAGGUGCUAUAAACUACAAUAUCAACAGUCCUGCAUUAUUACAUAAUCAUAUGGUGCUAUCGUCAACAGGGUUGUGGUUUGGUGCUCACAUAAUCAAUGUGACCUUUACCAAAAAUAAACUAAAAUAAAAUAAGGGACUGUAACUAGUCACUUCCAAGACCCGAGGUUCUACAUUCAAAAGAAUUCCGCUGUGCGUCUUUGUUGUGUGACCGGGCACUUAUGAUUUUAGGGGACACAUUUGUGGAGAUGCUAAGCAUCUGUGUUCGUGCGCAGACAGAGUAUGUUUUGGGCUUAAAGCUGGAGUUUGCUAUAUGUUAUUGGCCUCUAAACCUUGUUGUCAUGUACCAGACAUCUUGCCUAUAGGAGCUUGUAGCUUCUAACCCAGUCACUGUUAAAAUUUGGUUCUGUGAUUUCUUAGGCUGUCUCAUACACUGUAUAUCUAUAGAUUUAAAAGAUGCGAUCCAGCCUUCUACUCUCAUUCGAGUUGGUUAUAAGUAUAUUGCUACUAACUGAAGGGAACGUAAGACCCCAGUACUCAGGUGUAGUUUAAUAGAGGCAACAAUGCUCCAACCACUUCACUGCAUACCACUACUUGACA